AUGAGCACCACCCAAACCGUCACCGCCACUUCUGUGGCAGCCGAGAAGCCGCUGGGCGGCAAGGCCAGACCGGACUUCGUCCCUCGAGGCAACAAAUCCUCCUCUCCAUUGACCACCACCCUGUUCCUAGGACUGCGGAUAGGAGACUGCUUCUUGCAGUAUGGGUUGCUCGCGCUCGGUCUGGCCGACCCUCUCAUCCGAUUCCUGGGCGGCAAUGUCCUUCAGAAGCCCUUGGAAUCCGUGCACUUCCCCCUCGGUUUGACACCCUACCGCGCCGCUCUGCUGGUAAUGGUCUCCAUGGCCGCCCUGAAGCACGUGUGGUUCGUCCUGUGUGUGGCACAGGAAGCCUGGACCGUCACGGGAGCUCUCGCCGUCGGCUUCUUCAACGUCUUCUGGUUCAGCACGAAUUCCCUCUUCUUCCUCACCACUGCGCUCUCCAUUGCCUCCAACACGUCUGGCGUCGAGGAUAUGGGCCUUGCGUUCUGGAUCGGUUCGUUCUUGUACUGGGUUGGCAUUGGAGCCGAGACUCUGGCCGAAGUCCAGCGCAAGCAGUUCAAGGUAUGCUCCAUCCCUGUACUCUGACGCGACGAGGCUUGUUCGUGUGAAGAGACUGAUCCAAGACACAGGACGAUGCCCGCAACAAGGGCAAGUGCUACAUGGGCGGCCUGUUCUCGAUCUGCCGCCACAUCAACUACACCGGCUACUCCCUCUGGCGCGCUGGGCUCGGCCUCGCGACGGGAGGCUGGAUCCUGGGCGCCGUCACCUUCGCCUUCUUCAUCUGGGACUUCUCCUCCCGCGCCAUCCCCGCACUUGACGCAUACUGCACGAAGCGAGUAAGUCCGAGAGAGAGAGAGAGAGACAUUCGCCCUGUGAUGAGCCGUCUACUAAUUCGCACGCCCUUUGGCAGUACACUUCCCAGUGGGCCGAAUACAAGCGCCGCACUCCGUACAAGAUCCUCCCGGGCAUCUACUAG